AUGGCGGCAUCUGCACAUGGCCAAGUGGUUCAACUGCUACUUGCCGCGGCCAGUGGCGAUGCACGGGUCCGGCAGCCAGCUCAUGAACGACUUCAAGAGCUGGAGAAUGGACUGGGGGCCGGAUUUGUGCCGCUGCUCUUGGAGGCUUAUGCAGAUGCUUCCGUGGAGGCGCAGGGAAGGUACCUGGCUAUUCUCAUGUGCAAGAAUGUCCACGGCUUAGUCAGCACUGCACUUAACAAUCUCUUUCAGCGCCACUUUACAGCGACGAUGACGGCAGACCUGAACGCUGGUAAGUGCCAGAUUAUGUCAGCAUCGUUGGUCAUUGGCGAGGUUGUGGAUCGUCAGUGGCAGAAUCGUGGCCGAUGUCUUACACAGCUUUGCGUCAGAGUGCUGUCGAUGUUCCAUUUCGGUGUGAAGUGGAUAUCCUUAGCACUGCCCGGGCUUGGGAAGAGACGCGAUGUGGUGUCGGCCUUCUUCCACGUGGCUCUUUGGUGCCGCAUGGUGCAGCAUCUCGACGCUGCACUUCUGUGGCUUCUCGUCUUGGCCGUUGUCUCGGUCAUUGUGAUGCAUUUGGCCUCCGCCGCCGCGUCGGAGGAUAUCAUCUACAGUGUUGCUGCCUUUCUCGCUAUUUCAUCUUACGACCACUCCUGCCGCACGUGCACCGGAUCAGGGCUACAGGAGCUGAACCUUCUUUUGACGAGCAAUAUCCUGCUUGCAGAGCUUAUGCUCAUCUGCACCGGGACCCGUCCAUCAGUUCUGGCAGCGUGGGCAGCAGCCCUAUCAUGUACGCUGUUCUGGAGAAACGUGCAACUGGAGUCGGCAAUGCUCGUGUGGUGCGGCCUUGGCAUGUAUAUCCUCUCUGGCAACAACUCCAGCCAGAUCAAGGUUGCCGAGGAAUCGCCGCAUCUGCUGCUCAACCGGUGCCUGAGCCUGGUUCUGCGAAGAAUCCGUGUUCCGCUGCAGCUGGCCCAGUCGGAGCUCGAAGGCGGUGGAAAUGCGACCGAUCGCAUGAGGGUUCGGCUACAGCAGAUCUGGGAUCUCCUCUCGGGCAUCGACAACAUGCUCUCCAAGGAGUUGGAAGCCGCUGUUGCAAAGGAUUUGGGCCUGAAAUCCGAUGCCCAAGCGAGCCCUGUGGACCAUGCCGACAAGGCAUUACGAGUGUCGUCAGAGGACCACGACAUGGACGUGACUGUACCGGGCCACGAUCAUCGUGAAGGCUCCCCCGAAUCCUCGACGACUGUGGGGUCGGGGACUUCCACCUGGGAGCCCGGCCGUUGGGAGUCCCUCCCGGAGGAGCUCUCGCUGAAGCUGACGGUGGACUUGGAAGAAGAUGGCAUGCCCGUGACCGAAGUGAAGCUCUGCAUGGACGGACAAACCCCCCUGGACAGCUUCCUCCCGUCGGAGAGUGACUGGGAAGAGUUUCGCAACUGGUUCGAGCCCGAAGUCAACCGCGCCAUCCACCUGGACAGCUACACCCCGGACAGCACUGCCAUCCCCCUCGUCUUACCUUUUUUGGGAGAUUGGCAUCGUCUCAAUGCCGGCAAGCUGCAGAUUGCUUGCAUUCCAGAGGCGGAUCAGCAUGCCUCGAGGUUCAUCCUCGAGGCCUCGCAGCUCACGACCUACAACACGCACCGCUCAAGCAAGGUCCUCUCGGCAGAGGAGAAGAAUGCCAUUAAGGAGCACUUGCUGCGUCUUGUGAAGGCUGCGACUGACGGAGGGCUGCCUCACAUUCAAGAGUUGACGAUGGUCCUGCGCCGAGUAUGCAGGUUUGAGUUUCCCAUGAACUGGGAUGGCUUGGCUCAUCUUCUGCUAGCUGAGCUGCAGGGCCUGCGAGAGAGAGGCUUCAGCGAGGCAGCUCUGGCCGUCGUGCUGGUGCUGCAUCAGGUGCUCAAAGAGCAGAGCUCCAAAAGGCUGCUGUCGUCCAGACGAGAGUUCCACCAGCUGGGCGGCCUUCUGGUGGAACCGCUCGGUGCCGUCUGGGCGCUGAAGAUGGAACACAUGCGACACCUGAAGAACCAGGGGUCCGAUCUGGUGGACGACCGGCUCUGGCGGCUGAGUCGACACUUGGAUGGCUCCUUCCUUCUGCUGCUUGUCCAAGGCUUCGCGCACUUGCAUGAGAACGCUUCCGGCCCUCAGAUGGUUCAGAUGGUGAAGGAGCACGUGGAAUUUCUCCUUGUGCUUCUGCAAUGCCACUCGCAGCAGCUCAUCCAUUGUCCGUUCUUCUUGAAGAACCUGAAGUCGGUCUUGAAGUGGUGGGCACUCCUUUUUCAUGCCCAUCCGCUUGCUUUUGCCCGAGCCAACGUGAGCACGGUGCUACACACCAGUGUCGAGGUCUUGCGGACUUUGACCGGGCUACAUGUACCUUUGGAGUUGAGACCCUGGUUGGAGGGCUUGCUCAGGAGCUCGCUUUUGAUGCUGGCGCAUGGCUUCAACACGGUUUCCAUCCGCCAGGGUCCACAGCCUAAGCAGCAGGGGGUCGCCCAGGAGGCCGCUGCCGCAUGUCACAGCCAGUUCGGCGACUUCGUUCGUAGCCACGGACUGGGGGACCUCUGUGAGCUUGCAUGUCGAGCUGCGCUGCGCUUGACGGAGGAGGAGGUGCAAGCAUGGUUGGAGGAUCCCGAAGAUCAGCUUCUGGGACCCCAGUGCCAGACGGAGCUGCACCAAGCAGGCGAGUCGUGCAUCCGUGCGCUGGGGCAGCCUCCCCUGCAGCAGCCUCUCAUAGAGCACAUCGCCAAGCGAAUGCAGGAGGAGAUCGCUCAGCCGCCUUCGCUGAACGAUGCCUUCGACGUCAUCGCAAGAAAGGAUAUGUUCCUGUCCUUGCUGGCCUUCUGCCAGUCGCAGCUGAAGCCCCACCUGCAGUUUUCGGUGAUGCUGGGAUUCUUCGGCCCAAUCGCCAACCUGGUGCCGCACCUGGGGCCCCAGGCCCCUGGCAUCCUGCUGCCUGUCCGGCUCUGCGUUGUCAUCAGGGCCUGGGCUUCAGAGAUUCCCGAAAAUGCUCUGGUGUCGGUGGUGCAGCUGCUGCAAGGCUUCCUCCGAAGCGAGAGCCCCAAGGCGGUCCGAUUGGCAGCCUUAUCACCGCUGAGAGCCAUGUUGGAUCGCUUCUCGGACAGUGAGGCUUGGACGGAGGUCCAAGGGACCCUGAUCGAUUCCUGCUUGGCCCUUCUCUACAUCGUCCAGGCUCCGGAGGUGCAGUGGCGCUGCCUGAAUCUAAUCCACCUUUUCCUGGUGGAAGAGGCCGAGAGUGGGAGGUAUCAGGCCACUGAGAAGACGCUUGAGCAGCUUGUGGCGCUCUGGCGGCGGCCGGAAGAGGGAGAGCUCUUGAUCCGACAUGCACUCUUGGACGUGCUCCGUGCAUUGGUGCUGAUGUCCGACAGAACGCGAAGUCCUCGCUUGUCUUUGUCGCCGCCGCUCCUGUCCUGCUGUCUGACUGUGAUAUCAGACUGCUAUGCCGCUCAUAGAGGUCCUUCCUCGCCUCAGAGGAGUGGCUACGAGGCCACGGCAGCACUUCAGGCAGAUGCAGAAUCAGCGGCAGGAGCACUGGGCGAUGCAGGCAGUGCCACUGCGACGCUGUUCGACUCUGGGAGUGUUCUGUUUCUGGGUGUGCUGAGAACCGUGGAUGUGGAGCAGGCGGCUCCACUGAUGCCUUUCUUUCCCAAGCUUCUAGCGCAGCAGACUGCUCUGGGUGGGCGACCACCCGAGUGGACGAUGGACAUUCUGCUAGAGUAUUGCGCCUUGCACUGCUCGGGUGGUGCAGCUGCUCACUUGGUGCAGUUUUACCCCGCGCUACUCCAGAUUUGUCAAUCGCAGCUGAACUUGCCAGAUCAGAGUCGCACCACGGACAUGUGCCUGCAGCUUCUGCAGUUGCUGGUGGCCCACGCCCCCACUGCCGAAGCUCUGGCAAAAGCACGUGAAGUGGCCGCCCCGUUGCUCAGACUGUGGGUCACCACUGCAAGCAACGACGCGGGAGCCACGAAAAGUGCAUUUGCAUAUCCGAUCACCACCUUCCUGGGGCUGAUUGGGGCCUGGCACGCUUCUCACCCCAGAGACUUCCUGGAGCAGGCCACUGCGGUGGGGCCGCAGCGUGUGGCGCUGCUGCUUGCCGUCUCCUGCAAGCAGGCCGCUGCGGUCGCCCUGCGAUGUUCCAUCAUCAGCGCUGCUUUGGCUCUAGCUGAGAGUGGUGUGGAUCCGAUGUUCUGGAGGGAGAUAAUGACCGCCUGCAAUGACUUGAUCAUGGCAGCACAGAGGGGCAUCUCCAGCGCACUCGCUAAGACGCUGCAGUCCCUCAAGUCGAAACUCUCCGCAAAGCUUCCCGCCCCAGCUCGCAGCGCUGCAGAGCUGCAAAUCUGCCUCCUGCCCGCGGAUCUCAGGCAGAGCAACCUCAAAGAGGAUGGCUCCCUGGAAGAUACAGCGGUGGCUCGCUGGCUCUUCGGGCGGCUUGCUGCCUUGCUAAAGCAGCUGGGUGCCACACAUGGCGAGCAGGUCAAGGCACUACUGGCCGCUGCACCUCAACAGGUGCAAGAUGCUCUGAGAAGCAGCGGCCUGUGA